AUGGAGUCUACAGAAGGUCAGCGGGGGCGGGACAGCAGCAGCAGCACCAGCAGCGGGGGGGUGAAGCGUUCCCCUCUGGAGCUCAUCAUGAACCAGAUCCGCAGGAAACGCACGGCGACGGACAGGAAGCCGCUGGGACGAUUACUGAGCCGCAACUCAGAGAAGAAUCUGAUCAGUGAGGAAGUAGAGACGGAGAGGAAGGAGGAGACGAAGGCCGGCGCAGAUCCAGCGGAGAGCGAGCGAGACAUCGGUUGGGGCAGAGUGUGUGUCUUCCUGCAGCGUUUGGGGAAGAAAGCCGACAGCAAGAAUCUCAGUUUGGCUCACUGUGACCUCACUGCUACAGACCUGCUGGAGCUCGCGACGUUGCUCCAGUUCCUCCCCCGGCUGGAGGAAGUGGACGUCUCCUGGAACGAGCUGAUUGGCGGCUGUCUGCGAGCGCUGACCUCUCACCUGCAGCAGGUGGGCGGGAUCAAAGCGCUGAAGCUCUGCAGCUGUAGGCUGAACGCCGAUGAUGUCAUAGCUCUGGGUGAGGCUCUCGGUUGCGUCCCUCUGUUGGAUGUCCUGGAUUUGUCCUAUAACGGCGGCGUUGGAGACGGCGCUUUGCAAGGCCUUCUGGGUAAUCUUCACCCACCGCUGAGGGAGCUUCACCUGGUUUCCUGUCAGCUCAACGCGGCCGAUGCUGCUGCGCUCGGAGGAAUGGUGUCUGCUCUCUCUACUCUCUGUGUUCUGGACGUUUCCUGUAACCCUCGGCUCUGCCAGGAAGUGGAAGGCGUCGGAGGUUUCAGGGAGCUCACCUCUUCUCUGUCUCACGCCUCGUCGCUCAGCACGCUGCGGCUUCAGGGCUGCAGUCUGACGGCCGACAGCCUCGACGCUCUCGGUGGUUCGCUCCGUUACCUCCCCUCCAUGAGAGAGUUGGAUCUUUCCUGUAAUAAAACUCUCUCUGGAGGUCUGAGCCGCCUCACCGCUCACCUGUCUCACCUCACACACCUGGAGAGCCUGGACCUGCACCUCUGCUGCCUCACAGCGGCCGACCUCGACGCUCUGAUCCAGGUGCUUCCCUCUCUGACGGCGCUGACGGAGCUCGACAUGUCGUCCAAUAAGGAGGCGGGAGCUGUGAUCCACCCGCUGGUCUCCGCUCUCCCUCUGACACAGAUCAGACGGCUGCCGCUCAACAGCUGCAGCCUGACGGAGGAAUCCUUCACUGCUCUCGCUCUGGCCGCUCCGUUCCUCCGCAGCGUGGACGUUUCCUGGUGUAAAGUCGUCAGCGGUCGCUUAGCGUUGCUGCUUGAUGCUCUGCAGCCGUCAAUCAUCCAGGAGCUCCGCCUCUGCAGCUGUGACCUCACUACUGAUGACCUCCGUCACCUAGCUGCAGCGUGCAGACGCGGCUCUCUCUCCUCUCUCCGUGUUUUGGAUCUGUCCUAUAACGGCUCGGUGUGUGACGACGGCUGGUCCUCGCUGUUCUCAGCCGGAGGUCUGAGCUCUCUGCAGGAAGUUGACCUGAGCCUGCGACCUUUGACCUCGGCCCCGUGCUCCGCCUGGCUGCCGGCUCUGCUCUCCGCUGUGCCGAGGCUGCCGGCGCUGACCCGGCUGGCCCUGCAGCGGUGGAGCAGCAGCAUGCAGGAGCGGCAGCAGCUGAAGCAUCGGCUGAGGAAGACGAGCGUGCUGCUGGAGUGGGACUGCAAGGGUGUGAUGUCAUCGAGUAAGCUGAUCAAUCAGGAGAGCACAGAGGAGAGUCAGCCUGAGGAGUAG